AUGGCCCAAAACCGCAAGUACGAGAACUUGCCCGACCUCGACCGCGAUGCACCAGACAUCUACGAGACGCCCGAGCUAACGGAGGACACCACGUUGCCGAGCUCCACCGCCCGCUCCCCCUCGCAAGCAUCCUCCUACGACGAAUCCGACGAUGGGCUUUCCAACAUUGACCGCCGCCAUCUCGAGCCCGGCGACGCGCGCGCAAUCUUCCAGCCCGCCCGCGUCGACGCCAAGGGGGUUGACUUCUCGGAUCGGAUACGCCGGCAACGUCGUUCGUAUCGCACGGCGUCGAGGCGGCACCGGCGGGGUAGCCGCGGCAGCGACGACGAGUACGGCGAUUUCAGCGACGAGGACGAUGAGACGCUGGAGCGGAAGCUGGCGAGGCUAAGGCGGGAGGUUGAGGAAGUGAAGCAAGAGGUCGAGCUGCGAGAGCAGAUGAAGAAAGAAGGCAGCGGGGUGACUGAAGGAGAAGAGGCCGAAGAGGGUGGGGAACAACCGGCCGCCACCGCUGGAGAGGAAGAAGAUGAGGAGGAUCCGGCGGAGGGCAUUGCUAAGCUGAGCGAGAUGCUGGAUGCCGUAUACGUGCAGCGCCAGGGCGGCGUCAAGGGUGCGGAGGCACAGUUUACGCGCACGCUGAAACGGUUCGCACGGCCGGCAGCGGAUGCAACAACCACGAUACCGCAGACGACAACCGGAAUCACGGUCACGGCGGCAUCAGAACAGGCCGCGCAAGCCCUGUCGCGUGCAGCCGACUUCGACGCCCGCCUUUCGCAGCUAGAGAAGGCGCUCGGCCUCAAUGCCAACAACAUGCCUGACAUCGCCACGCACCCGCCCAAGAGCAUCCUGCACAAUCUCGACACGCUAGAGCGCCAACUUCAGACCAUCUCUGAGGUUUCAACAUCCUCCCUUGAUGCCGCCAGCCGUCGCGUGCAGAAACUCACACAGGAGGCAGAGCGCCUUGACGAGCUUCGCCGGUCGGCGCGUGCCUCACAGGACGGCGUCUCAUCCCCCGUCAGCGCGACGGGUUCGCGGCAGCGCAGCGACACUAUCUCUGCGAGUGCCGUCGCAGCAGCUGCCGGUGUAGCCGCCGGUGCGGGAGGAGCGGCGGACGCUGGCCCACCACCCGAGAUGAUGGGCGCCUACAUCGAGGACCCGGAGCGUGUAGCUAAGAUCAACGCCCUAUACGGCACACUCACGACCAUCGAGAGUCUGUCACCGACGCUCCCGCUCGUGCUCGAGCGCCUGCGCACCCUGCGCCUUAUCCACACCAGCGCCGGCACCGCCGCAGCCACCCUUGACGAGCUCGAGAAGCGUCAGGGUGAGCAAGCCGAGGAGAUUCGCCAGUGGAGCGAGGCACUUACCAAGGUCGAGGAGAACCUCAAGCAAGGCGAGGGCACCCUACAGGACAACAUCAAGACCGUUGGCGACUGGGUUAGGGAUCUGGAGGCGAGGAUCGCAAAGUUUGCCUGA